AUGGAAUCGGAUCUGAAUGAAUACACUGUUAUCAAGGAAGGAGAAGCUGAGAUUCUCCUGCACAAGAAGAACCAAGUCUUCUUCAAUAAAGCUCAGGUCAACAACAGAGACAUGUCUAUAGCUGUCCUAAGAGAAUUUAUAUCGAAACGCAAGCAAGAGCAUGAAGCUAAGUCUUCUAAAAGAAACAGAUCAGCUUCCAAUAAAAUCGACAAGGAUUCUUCUGAAGCUUCCAAGGAUGGAACACCUAGUGAGAACGGUGGACACCAAGUAGCAUCUGAAGAUGGACCAAGCUCUGCAUCUAAAAAACCAGAAGGAGUUGCACUUAGAGAACUCCAGCCUCCAAAAGUGCUCGAGGCUCUGUCUGCUUCUGGGCUGCGAGCUUUAAGAUAUGCGCGUGAAAUAGAAGGGAUUGGUCAGGUUGUGGCGUUGGACAAUGACCUUGCAUCUGUGGAAUCUUGCCAGAGAAACAUAAAGUUCAAUGGCUCGUUGGCUAUUUCAAAGGUCGAGUCACAUCAUACCGAUGCUCGUGUUCAUAUGCUUACCCACCCUAACGAAUUUGAUGUGGUUGAUCUUGAUCCAUAUGGGUCACCGUCUAUUUUCCUUGACUCGGCGAUUCAAUCAGUCGCGGAUGGUGGAUUGCUGAUGUGCACAGCAACUGAUAUGGCAGUGUUAUGUGGCGGUAACGGUGAAGUUUGCUAUUCCAAAUAUGGUUCUUACCCAUUGAGAGGGAAGUAUUGUCAUGAGAUGGCUUUGAGGAUUCUCCUUGCCAGCAUCGAGAGCCAUGCAAACCGCUACAAGCGGUAUAUUGUUCCGGUGCUAUCUGUGCAAAUGGAUUUCUAUGUUCGUGUCUUUGUACGCGUUUACACCUCGGCGAGUGCAAUGAAGAACACUCCAUUGAAGCUUUCUUACGUCUAUCAAUGCAUUGGUUGUGAUUCAUUUCAUCUUCAACCUGUUGGAAGGUCCCUUCCUAAGAACAACAGUGUGAGGUAUCUCCCAGCAAUUGGUCCUGUUGUGACACAAGAAUGCAACCACUGUGGGAAGAAAUAUAACAUGGGCGGACCUAUAUGGUCUGCUCCAAUCCAUGAUCAAGAAUGGGUGACUUCUAUUUUGAACAGUGUUAAAUCCAUGAAAGACAGAUACCCUGCUUAUGAACGGAUCUACGCUGUACUUACCACAGUCUCUGAGGAACUGGUAGAUGUUCCUCUGUUUUUGAGUCUGCAUAAUCUUUGUGCGACGCUUAAAUGCAUUUCACCAUCAGCUGCUAUGUUUCGGUCAGCUGUUAUCAAUGCUAAUUACCGUAUCUCGGGAACUCAUGUGAAUCCUCUCGGCAUGAAAACUGAUGCUCCUAUGGAGGUUAUCUGGGACAUCAUGCGUUGCUGGGUUAAGAAUCAUCCUAUAAAGGCGCAAGCCCCUGAACUCCCCGGAAGUGUGAUCUUGUCCAAAGAACCAUCACAUCAGGUUGAUUUUUCGCGUCAUGUUGGUUCGCUGAGCAAGGCGCAGGCAAAGAAAGUAGCUCGGUUUCUACCAAAUCCAGAGAAGCAUUGGGGUCCAAAGCUUAGGGCAGGUCGCCAAAUCACGAGCAAACAUGUCUCCCUUAUUGGUCAUGAAGCAGUCAAUGGCCAUCUUACUCAACACCAUGAAGAACUAAAAGAGGAAAAAGAAGUAGCAUUGCAAGAAGAUAAUAAUAUCCAAGAAGAGCUGGAUGCGAAGCGCCUGAAAACAGCAGAGGAUGUUGCCUCCACAUCAUAAGACCAAUCACAAAAUGUUAAGCACAAUUGCUAAGACUUUUUUGUCUUCAUGAAGAUUUGCACUCUUCAUGAACAACUCUGUUUUGUUGUUUUCUAUUUAUUCAGUUUUGAUACUAUGACCCAUUUUUAUUGAUUUUCUCAUGUAUUGUUGUCCUUGUAGUGACAUUUUUGGAUGAGAAAACAGAUAGAGCAAAGUACUUUAUUGAAACUUGCUUAGUACUGUCAAUAAAUGUAGAAACAUCAGUAUUCAUUCAGAACAAAAACCACAAACUAUACAUUCUAUGCUAAAAAGGUUACACAAAUGAAUAAUUAAAUUGUUUAUAGUAAACUUACUCUUACAAAUGAACUACAUUCAGAAACCACUAGUCGCUUCGGUCAUAGUGAGCUCCACUCCCUACAACACAUUUAGCAGUAAUACCAUUGGCCUCAGGCACCAAAGACGAAUCAUCAAACGAUUUCAUUUCACUGUAGAUCAAACCAAUCUCUUCGUAGAUCUCUUCCCAUCUAGGAUGAGCCUUAUCUGCAAUGAAAAACACGUGAAGCUCAUCUUUGAGCUCAACCCAACUACAACCAGGCUCCUUCUUAAGCUUAAAUCUUCUCAUACUUCUCCUCAUGUCCGAAACCUUUUCCCACAUUCCUGCAUCUGCAUAUACAUUCGAUAAAAGAGUAUAAGCUGAAGAGUCUUGUGGAUCCAAUCUCAACAGAGCAGCUGUUGCUUCUUCAGCAAUCUCUACAUUGUUUCUAUGUAUUGCGCAGACUCCUAAUAACGUCCUCCAUAUAACAUCGUCUCCUUCGAACGGCAUCUCUCGAAUAAGCUUCAAUGCUUUCUCAACUUUCCCUGAUUUUCCCAAGAUAUCCACCAUGUUCGAGUAAUGAGGUAGCUGAGGAUCCAAGUCAUAUUCCGUCUUCAUCAUGUCGAAAUACUCUAGUCCUUUCUCUACUAGACCCAUGUGAGCACAAGCUCGGAGUAUAGAUAUGAAAGUUAUAUGAUUCGGUUUGAUGUCUUCGAGUAUCAUUCUCUCAAACAGUUUUAUAGCUUCCUCUCCUUUCCCGUGGUGUGCAUACCCGCUGAUCAUGGCGUUCCACGUCACGAAAUCUCUCUUCAGGGCCUUCUCAAACAUUAACCUUGAAUCAUGGAGAUCUCCACAUUUCGAGUACAUGUCAACGAGGGUGCUGCAGACAUAGACAUCAGACUGCAAUUCUUUCUUGAUGACCUGAGCAUGAAUCUGUUUGCCUAAUCCAGCUGAAGCUAGGUUCGCGCAGGUAUCAAGAACCGUUGCAUAAGUGAACUUGUCAGGAGUUAUGCCCAUCUCCAUCAUCCGAGUAAAAAGCAUCUGAGCAUCUUCACUCUGUUCCUUCGUUACAUAUCCUGAAAUGAUUGAAUUCCAUGAAACACAGAGUUCUUGUAGUCUCUUGUUGUGCAUCUUUUCAACCUCUUCAGGAACAUUGCCUCGAAGAAACAACCGACUAUGUAUCUUCUCUGCCUCUUCUAUCAUUCCACACUUUGAAUACAUAUCGAUCAGAGAGCAUCCAACGGAGGAAUUUGAAGCCAUUCCUAACUUAACAACGUUGGAAUGAAUCUCCAUACCGUUGCCCAAAGAAACACCAGCGCAAGCUUUCAAAACGCUUCCAAAAGUAAACUCAUCAGGUUCGAUACUAGCGCGGAGCAUUGAGACAAAAAGAGAAAGCGUUUCAUAUCCUUUCCCGUUCUGUUCAUGUGCUGCUAUAAUCGCAUUCCAAGAAACAGCAUCUCUUCUUCUCAUAUCAUCAAAUACACGAAAGGCUUCACCCAGAGCUUGGCAUUUCCCAUACAUGUCAAUCGCAGCAUUUGCAACGCAGACAUCUACUGACAAGUUGCUUUUCACCGCUAAACCGUAAACCUGAAGACCUUCUGAAAGACCUUUCACCAAGGCACAAGCCCUGAACACUCCUGACAAACUUAUUUCGUCGAACCCAAGACCUGAUAACAUGAGCCGGUGAAACACAAGUAGAGCCUUGAAACCAUGCUCUUCCUGCGAAUAACCAGUAAUCAUUGCGUUAUAAGAUUGCCUAUUAAGAUUUUCUGACUUGUCAAACAAAAUCUGAGCAUCUUGCAUAUUAUCACACUUCGCAUACAUAUCCAAAGUCGCCGUUCUCACUAUCCCAUCCGCUGCAAAAUCAGAUUUUAACGCAUGAGCAUGUAACUGACCACCUAACCUCAACUCAGACAACGCAGCGCAUGACCUCAAGACGCUAGCGUAAAUCGACUGGCUCACUCCACCACCCACCUUUUGCAUCUCCUUGAAAAACAUCAAAGCUAAAGACAACAAGUUAUUCUGAACACAGCCCGCGAUUACAGCACUCCAAGACACAGAGUUCUUCACCGGAAUACCUUGAA